UUGACAGUCCUCUACGACGUAAUCCGGCGGGUGUGUUCGCCUCUGCAGUGGUGGCAUCCUCAUUCAUCAGGCUGAAAGGAGCAGGAGGAUGCCAGAGCUGGACAACUUUCCCCCCCUGAGGGAAACCGGAGGCCCCGAAGUGGGUCACAAUGGUCAAGCCGACCCGGCUCAGAUACAAAACAACAUCCUGGAGGAGCAGGUGGAGCUGUGGUGGUUCAGAGACCCGGGGAAGUCUCUGCUCUGCUACUGCGUUGCUGUGCUGCUCAUCCUGGGGUGCGGACUGGGCGGCGUGGGACUCCUCUCCACCACCACCAGCGUCUCCAGCGAAUGGCGGCUGGGUGCGGGGACGGCUCUGUGUCUGCUGGCUUUGGGGGUCCUGCUCAAACAGCUGCUCAGCUCAGCCGUGCAGGACAUGAAUUGCGUGCGAAGUAGGAGGCGAAUUGACAUGCUAAAGAGCGGCGGUUUAUCUGACCUUCUGGUGGUUUUGAUUACUGGGCUGUCACUGUUGAUUUGUGGAGGGGUUCUACUUCGCCUGGCCUUGGCUAACCACAUGCCGAAGCCUGGACAAGCACUUAACGACAUGUACAUCUCUGGUGUGGUUUUGCUGGCGGGAGGGGGGGCUGCAGUAGUGGGGGUAGGGAUGUACUCUGUUGUGGUGGUCCUUCUCGAGAGAACAAGGCAUGGACGAAGGUUUGUGGAUCGGGUUUUGAACAUAUUUACCAUUUCAGGACACAUUGACCGCCAGGCUCGCAGAGAGACUACCUCCAGUUUGGCUAAUCUUUUAUGAGAUGGAGCCACACAAACGCUGCGUAUGCUUGAACAAAUUACAAGAGAAGUGCAUACAAGAGUCAUACCUGACAUGCUUCAGCUCUGUCACUGGCUGAUUAGACUGUACAAAACCAAAUGAAGUGAAUUUUUAUUAUCUGCCUGGUGAUUUGUAAACAGUUGAAAACUCAGCCAUAUAGUAAUAAUCUAAAACCUAAAGAAUAACUCUGAAGAAAUCAUUGUUACAUGUCCAUAAUGAAGCUUAGCUUGCAGUGUCCAAAAUCAUGUCUUUCUUACCUCAUUUACAUUCCACAAAUGCCAAACAUUUGAUGGCGAUUUAGGUGAAGUAGUUUUAUAUUAAGGCCAACAAUAUAAAAGCACGCUGAG